AACAACAGUGCCAGCCUCAGACAAGGUAGGGAGCAGGGCACCGACCUCAUGCUCCCCAUGCCACUGAGUGCGAAAUCUCAGCUGUGCUGCUGGGUGUCUGUCUGUCAGCAAAUGAAGCCUGGGUCCUCUCAGCCAUGGGAGUAGGGAGGAGCGAUUAAUCGGAAAGACUCACACUCAAACUGCUGUGGUUGUCUCCAAGAUCACGAGGUAUCGCUGGAGCCUGUAAGAGGGUGAUUUUAACUGUUUCAUCCCCUGGCUGUUCACACAAGGAUGUCCAUAAACUAGGAGGGAGGGAAACAGAGGAGUUCAGCUGGUCAUUGUCAGGAUGCAGUUCUUCGGCCGUUUAGUAGACUCACUGAAUACCGUGACCAACCUUUUUGCCAACCCUUACCGUGUGCGGGAGGUCUCGCUGUCUGAGUAUGCGGCGCACAGCAGAGUUAUGGACGAUGGCCGAGUGGUGCUCUAUCGCACAGCACAGUCCUGGGACUGCUUGUUUAUCAACCCAAAAGCACCUCAGAAUGCUUUCAGGUUGUUCCAGGUGAGCUCUGAGGUGGAGGCAAGGACGGUGUUCUUACAGUUUGCGACAAAGAUGAGGCCAUUCUAUGAGGUGUCGCCAGACACGCUGAAAGUUGAUACUGUGCAACAGUUGACCGACUGUUUGCGAAGCCACCCAAACUGGCCGUUGGCUCACGUCGCUGUAGAGAUGGGCAUGAAGGAGAGCUUCCGCCACAAUCACGUUAUGGGCUGCAUCAAUGAUACGGAGAGCGAAGAGGGUAUCACCCCUCUACACCUUGCCUGCAAGAAGGAGGAUAUCGACUGUAUUCGUGAGCUGGUGGAAGGUUGCGGAGUUCGUUUGGACAUUGCGGACAAGAAUAGGGAAACUGUCUUCCACUAUGCAGCUCGUCAGUCCAAUUGCCAGGUCAUUGAGUUGUUAAGUAAACAGCGUUCUGUUGGAGUGAAUCACUUGAGCAGUAGUGGCGAGACGCCACUUCACAUCGCUUGUCGACUGGGAAAAACUGAGGUAGCCAAAUCCCUGCUCCAUUGCCAAGCAAGUUGUAAUAUUGUUGGAUCGCAUGGUUAUCCAAUCCAUACAGCCAUGAAGUUCAUCCAGGCUGGGUGUGCUGAGGCUAUCCUUGAAGCAGACGCAAGUCAGAUCCACACUGAAGAUGCUCAUUAUGGAGGUACAGCCCUUCACUGGGCCAAGAAAGCAGAUAUGGUCCGACUGCUGAUUAACCAUGGAUGUGCCUUGAACUACCUGAGUAAAACUGGAGAAACACCACUACACAUCAUGGUGAAACGUGGGCGAUUUGAGUGUGCUAUGGUUUUGUUAGUACAUGGAGCAGAUACAAAUGCAAAAGGAGAAAGUGGAAAUACACCUCUUCAUCUUGCUAUGAAGCUCGAUAACCUGGAUCUUAUCAAGGCUCUGAUCGUGUUUGGUGCAGAUGUGAAAUCACCCAAUGAUUUCGGCGAAACUCCUGGUUUAGUUGCUGCUCGGCACAGUAAAGGCAAUAACCGGAAGGUGAUGCUGAGCCUACUCUAUAGUAUAGGGGCUGAAAGCUGUUAUCCGCCUGCUCCUGACUCCCCCAUACCGUCACCCAGCCACACUGCAAGACCACUCCCAGUGAAAACCAACCGUGGAUUAGGAUUUGAGGAUAUCAUAGGGAUUGCCGCUGUAGUCGGGUCCUUAUCGAAAGGAGCGGAUGCUGUAGACAGUGAUGGAUAUAUGCACCAGAGAUAUGAUCGUUUGCUGUGCCUGGAUGGUGGUGGAAUUCGAGGCCUCGUUCUAAUUCAGCUGCUCAUUGCCAUCGAGCAGACUGCUGGCCAACCCAUCCGGGAGCUCUUCGAUUGGAUAUCGGGAACCAGCACUGGUGGAAUUCUGGCCCUUGCCAUCGUACAUGGCAAAUCCAUGCAAUAUCUGCGUUGCCUUUAUUUCCGGAUGAAAGAUGAAGUUUUUAAAGGAUCCAGACCAUUUUCCUCAGUUCCGCUUGAAGAGUUUCUAAAGAAGGAAUUUGGGGAAAGUACCAAAAUGACUGAUGUCACCAAACCAAAAGUCAUGGUGACUGGAACUCUUGCCGAUCGGCAUCCUGGAGAACUUCAUCUGUUCCGCAACUACAACCCACCAGAGCCGCGGUAUGAUCCACCCUACAUGCGAACAGCAGAGUUUCAGGCUCUCACUCAACCUAAAGACCAGCUAGUGUGGCGAGCUGCUCGAUGCAGCGGUGCAGCCCCUACCUACUUCCGACCUAUGGGCCGCUUUCUGGACGGGGGGCUACUUGCGAAUAAUCCAACGCUGGACGCCAUAACUGAAAUUCAUGAAUACAAUCAGAAUCUGAAGAGAAAGGGUAGAGGGAGUCAGGUGAAGAAGCUCGGCAUUGUUGUUUCUCUUGGAACAGGGAAACCGCCACAGGUACCUGUGACUUCUGUUGAUGUCUUCCGCCCCUCCAAUCCCUGGGAACUGGCUAAAACAGUCUUUGGUGCCAGAGAAUUGGGCAAGAUGGUGGUUGACUGUUGCACUGAUUCUGAUGGUCGAGCAGUGGAUCGAGCCAGAGCCUGGUGUGAAAUGGUGGACAUUCCAUAUUUCAGGCUUAAUUCACAGCUGAAGACAGAUGUGAUGUUGGAUGAGAUUGACGACGCUAUUUUAGUCAACAUGCUUUGGGACACUCAGAUUUACAUCCACCAGGAGAGGGGGAGAAUCCAACAACUCACCCAGCUUCUGUUAAGUGCUUGACUUUGGUGAGGAAAAAGAAAGAGGAAAGAUAAAGUAAAGGCUGCAAGCACCUACCAUACUAAUGCUGCAGGAGCUGACUGAAUAUUUGAUGCACUAUACAUUUAAUUUUUUUAAUGCUGAUUAUUAAAACCAAGCAAUGCUGCUUUGUGCUACAAUGCACCAAUUAUACCCCAACACAGACAUGCAGUGGCUGGCCUCAAGAGCCUUUGUGCCUUGUAAAAAGAAAUUCAGGAAGAAAAAUAUAGAAGAAAUAUUGAUCUAGAGUGUACACGUCCAUAAAUGUCAUAAACCUACCAUUUCUCUUUACAGAUACUGACACACCUGCACUUUGUAUUUGAGAAGGAUGACUACUGUAUCAAUGGUGGCUAAUUCCUGAUUUGUGGGAACUAGAAGCAGGCUUGAUGGGCUGAAUAGCCUUCACAAGCUCUUGUGCUUUUAUCAAAUCAGCUGGAAACAUUUCUAUUACCUCCUCUUCAAAAAAUACUGAGAGUUUAUUGUAGGUUAACAAUUGGGUAUCAACUCUGCAAAUAGCAGCAGUACUCAGUGCUGGGAUGAUGGGUCAAUGUGAUUCCUAUAAAUUUGAAAGUAUAUCAAACAUAACAAAAAUUGUAACCAUGUGGAAUGGAAUACUUUGUGUGUGUGUGUGUGUGUGUGUGUGUGUGUGUGUGUGUGUGUGUGUGUGUCUAGGUAUAACCCUUCUUACAGUUACUUUUAAUGCUGAUUUAUCAGAGUUACCCAGACUCUUGAGCUGACAAAGCGAAACUAAUAUUAACAGCCAAGGUACCCAAAAUAGAUGGUGGUUAUAUGUUACUGUUUUCUUUUACUUGUUCUUCUUCUAUGCUGAUACACAUUUUUCCAAGUUGAUGAUGAAAGGUUGCUAGUGUGUGUCAGAAACUGAAAACAUUUCUGGCCUUAUCAGACCAAAUGGACAAUGUAAGCUAUUACCAAUAAGUUGUGGACCAAUCAUCAUCAUUUGUUAAUUAACCAAUUGGGGAAAAUGUGUGUGAACUACAGUGCGCACAACACUUUGUUAUGUAGCACAGUAUUAUGGGAAUUCUUAAACCUCGAUGUCACCUCUAAGAACAAUGUACUUGUGUGUAGUGGUGAGAGCGGAAGCAAAUAUUGUUUUUUGGUUCUUUGUUAUAGGAAAGAGUAAAUACAGAGAAAUGACACUUCAGUGAGGUAUAGUUUCUCUUCUUCCCCCACUCCACUACCCCAAUUUAGUUAACCUAGAACAUGGGUUUAAGACAGCCUCGAGAUAUUCUAAGCUAAUUGUUUAGCUUGAGUUAAAGAAAUGAAUUGGUUGGAUGAAACAUUUAAACUGAGGCCCUGUCCACCCUCCCGCUGGGUGUUAAAAAAAAAUCUCAUGACAUUAUCUGUGGGACCUUGCUGCAUACCAGUUGGCUGCUGUGUUCCUACAUUACAACGGAGGCUAAACUCCAAAAAAUUAAAAAGUGCUUAAUUGGCCGCAGUGCAUUUGGAGUCGUCCUGAGGUUGUGAAAAGUGCUAUGUUAAUGCAAUCCCAUAUCUUGAUAGAAUAGAUGACACACUUCCUCAGAAAUGGGCAAACCUGAUGGACCGAAUUUGUUUUCAUAGUUUUUGUUUUUGUCCCAAAGUCACUAAUUAAGACUGAACUUGACUGCCUUACUUAACAAUAUGUUUUAAUUUAUUUAAAUUAUGCACUCGGUUUUGGUGAUUGUGUUUUAUGAAAAGUGUGACUUGCUGGUCCAUGUCAAUGCUGUUCUUCUGAUUAGCCUAUUUGAAACUUAAACAGAUAAAUAAUUUCGUAUACAAAGCAUCACAUCUGCGGAAAAUAUGUGAAAGGUUAAAACUGGAAUACAGUGUGCCUCUGUUUGGUCACCCAUAAUUAUAAAAUUAUGAUCUUGACUUUCACUAAUAGUGUACGAUAUGAUCACAAUAAAAAGAUAACUAUAA